CAGCAUUUCCGGAAAUUUACUUCUGGUUCCAAACAAAACGAAAGGAAAAAAAAAAAAAAAGUCUUUCAAUACAAAUUAAUUAAGUUAUAUGAAUAGUGUUAAAUUCAUAAAGGUUCCCAAUUUCAGAAGUAGUUGAGUGUUGUGAUGGAUCAACAAGAUGGUGCUGAGGAUGGCACUGAAUUGUCAUUGGUACGACCUAAAGCUCGCAGCACAGACUUGCUAGCAAACAAAACUACAUCGAUGGAUCAGCUGACCACCAAGUCCAGUGACUCGCCUGCUAGCAGUUCAAAAGGAAGUGCAGGUUCCCCAUCCAAGUCUCUGUGUUCGUCCACGUCAACUUCAUCAGAAAACAUGCCAUCAGCCCAAGAAAUGAAAAUUUUGCGAGACCUAACAAAGCUAGGACAGUCAGAUGAACCACCUCUUCUGGGCGGAGAGAUUGUACAUGGCAAAGGUUUUGAAGUGACCUACUUGAGUCCAUACAGUGGCCCAGUAAGAGGCUUCUUAACGAUCACCAACUAUAAAUUAUAUUUUAAAAGUUCUGAGUUGGAAUCUCCAUAUAUACUUGAUGUCCCUUUGUGUGUAAUUAAUCGUGUUGACAAGAUUGGAGGUGCAACCAGUCGAGGAGAAAAUGCUUAUGGAAUAGACAUCUUGUGCAAGGACAUGAGGAAUUUGCGUUUUGCUCAUAAACAGGAAAAUCAUUCACGGCGGCAAGUGUUUGACAAGAUCCAUCAGUAUUCAUUUCCAGUCACCAAUAAAUUACCACUGUUUGCCUUUGAGUUUAAAGAGGAUUAUGGGAUUGAUGGCUGGAGAAUGUAUGAUCCGAUUGCUGAGCUGAAAAGACAGGGUUUACCUACAGAGAGUUGGAAGAUCUCUAAACUGAAUGAGAAAUUUGACCUUUGUGAUACUUAUCCUCCCAUACUUGGAUUGCCUGUGGCUGCUACUGAAGAAGAGAUUCGCAGUGUGGCAUCCUUCCGCACAAAGAACAGGUUACCAGUUUUGUCAUGGAUCCACCCUGAAAGCCAGGCGACCAUCAUGAGAUCGAGUCAGCCGAUGGUGGGCGUGGCCGGGAAGCGUAACAAGGAUGAUGAACACUAUCUACAGCUGAUCAUGGACGCCAAUGCUCAGUCGCACAAACUCUUCAUCAUGGACGCCAGACCCAGUGUGAAUGCUGUCGCUAAUAAAGCCCGAGGUGGAGGCUAUGAAAAUGAAGAUGCAUACCAGAAUGCUGAGCUCAUAUUUUUAGAUAUUCACAACAUUCAUGUGAUGCGAGAAAGUUUGCGAAAGUUGAAGGAAUUUUGUUUUCCCCAACUGGAUGAAGCACAUUGGUAUUCCAACAUAGAUUCGACUCACUGGCUGGAACACAUCAAGCAAAUUAUCGCUGGUGCUGUAAGAAUUGCUGAUAAAGUGGAAACCAACAAGACAUCAGUAUUAGUACAUUGCAGUGAUGGUUGGGACCGCACUGCUCAGUUGACGAGCCUUGCUAUGCUAAUGCUUGACCCGUAUUACCGAACCCUUAACGGAUUUCAGGUUCUCAUAGAAAAAGAGUGGACCACAAUGGGACAUAAAUUUGCACAGCGAGUUGGCCACGGAGAAGACAAACAUGCUGAUGCAGAUCGCUCGCCAGUCUUUCUCCAGUUCAUCGACUGUGUCUGGCAGAUGACAAAACAGUUUCCUAACGCUUUUGAAUUUAACGAGCAUUUCCUGGUGACAAUACUUGACCAUCUCUACAGUUGUUUAUUUGGGACAUUUCUGUGUAAUUCGGAACAACAAAGAAUCAAAGAGAAGGUGAAGGAGAACACGGUGUCCCUGUGGUCGUUUAUCGGGUGUCAGCAGGAGGAGUUCACAAACCCACUGUAUGCCGUCUACCUCCACCAACACAUCCUCUUCCCCGUGGCCACGCUGCGCCGGCUCGAACCCUGGACGGGCUACUACUGCAGGUGGAAUCCCAGAAUGAGACCACAACAACCUCUCCAUCUGCGCAACAAGGAACUUCUAGCUUUGAAGAAACAGCUCCAGAAGAAAGUUGAAGAAAUGGAACGAGAACUCAAGUCACGUAAUGCCCGGACUGCCCUCCAGCCGUCACCACCUAGAGUUAGCUCCCCUGUCACUGUAUGAACACACAAUGUCACGACUUGUCCUUGAAAAAUUGAAGCAUAUUUCUUGGCUACAUUAUUACAGUGAAGAUAUUAAUAUUAGUCUGUGUGUGUUAUCACUGGACUAAAUGUUCAAUUACCCAAAGAUAAAUGAUAAAUCAACUUACACUGGAGCAAUUUGAACCAUGGAUUAUCUGUAUAUGAGUUCAGUGCUGUAACAGUGGAGUUAAUUGGGAAAUUCACACUAGCUACUGUCAGUAGAACUGUUUUAUACCAUUACUCGGUGAUAUACAUUUUGUAAAAUACUUGAAAGUAUGCAGCGGAUCUAGUUGUGAAAGGGAUUUAUCUUCAUUGUUGUUUUUUUUUUUUCCCUUCAGAUUUUGUGAUGUGGCCAAAUUAAGGCAAAAAAACCCAAAAGGUUGGUCUCUGGUCAGACCAAAGUUCCGGAAUUGAUGCAGCGAUGUGUUUGUGGUUUUUUUCAAAAAAAAAUUGUUGUUAAAAGCAUGGAUUGCACAGAAAAGGUGGGUAUAUUUUUUACUGAAAUAAGAGGCAUAUUUAAAUUGAAAUCAGAAUCCACGUUCUAGUUCAUGCGUGAUGGCACAUUGGCUCCAAAGCCCGGCAAAAAUCAAUGUCGUACCACAGGAAAUAAAAAAAAAAAAAAAAAUUGACAUGCGAGGGUCAAAAUCGACGCGCGCACUGACCAGAGAACUGAAAUUUGGCCUGAUCCCGAAGCAUCGUUACAGCAUUCAUUUAUAUUUGUAACGAACAAUACUCACAAUUUGAGGUGAGAUGAUUAAUAUGUUGAUUUUCUCUAGUGAUGUCUUUAAAAAGAAAUUUAAGGUGAAAUAUGUUUUUCUUUUUGUUUUAUAAAGAAACGUUUCAGUUUGUUCUUUACUACCUGUA